AUGGUGCAUCUGAGCGCUGAGGAGAAGUCUGCCGUCAACAGCCUUUGGGGCAAGGUGAACGUGGAGGAGCAUGGAGGCGAAGCCCUGGCCAGGCUGUUGGUUGUCUACCCCUGGACCCAGAGGUUCUUCGACUCCUUCGGCAACCUGUCCUCCGCCUCCGCUAUUCUGGGAAACCCCAAGGUCAAGGCCCAUGGGAAGAAGGUGCUGACUUCCUUUGGCGAUGCCGUCAAGAACCUCGACAACCUCAAGGGCACCUUCGCCAAGCUGAGUGAACUGCACUGCGACAAGCUCCAUGUGGACCCCGAGAACUUCAGGCUCCUGGGGAACGUGCUGGUCGUGGUCCUGGCCCGUCACUUCGGCAAGGACUUCACUCCCGAGGUGCAGGCUGCCUGGCAGAAGCUGGUGGCCGGUGUGGCCAGUGCCCUGGCCCACAAGUACCACUGA